AUGCGUCUCAAUAUAAAAUUAUAUUUCUUGUUUAAGCGCAUCAAAGAACGCGUCCGACAGCGCAAUAUGGAGCUAAGUGCAUCGAUGGAAGACACGAAAGAGAAUCUCGAAGUGUCGUCGCUCAGUGGAGGUGGAGAUAAAUCCGCUGACAUUACAGAACCCGAAACUGCCAGUGCCAAAGACGUUCUUAUGGAGUCACCAUUAAAAAACAGGACCAACAGCACUAGUACUGCCAGUGAACCUCUGGUCGAGCCAAAGACGCCUUCAGCGCGGAUGAAAUCACGCUUUUCCGAGUUGGCUGCAGAAUACGAAAACUUCGAAGUCGACCAUAACUGGCAGCAGGCCGGAUCAAAACCAAAGGAGGCCUAUAUGAAAGGAGCUUCACCACGGCUUAGUAUUGGCGAGCUCCCUCAGAAAUUGGAGCCCGUCAAAGAGGAGCCGCGACGUAUUCAUUUUGCUCAUCCAAUUGCUGCCACACACGUGGUGGAAUACGAAUCAUCGAUGUGUACAACGGUGAACACCAUUGAUGAAAGCAGUAUUGUGGCUGGUUGUGGAAUGCACGAAAGUGUCCAUGCUCUGCCCAUCCCAGCUGCGAGAAUGUUCCACAAAAACGAGGACGGCGAGGUUGAUCUGUCGAGCGAUGAGUAUGGAGCGCACACUUUCCAGAAAAAGACAACCACUGAGACUAUAAAAGACAAGGAUGGGCAGGUGGAUAUGUCCAGUGACGAAUAUGGAGCGCACACGUUUCUCAAAAAGGCCAGCCUAAAGGCAAGCACACCACCAAAGUGUUCGUCAACGUCGUCGUUAGCAAUCAUGUCGCCGAAGCCUUUUGUCCGUACUGGCAGUCAAACGCAGUUUUCACCAGUGCACUUUGUGAGUUUUGUCAAGUCCUUGCUGUGCUUUGUUACUAACGUAUUCUUACCAAAUCGCUGA